AGAGAGAGAGAGAGAGGUAGGGGAUCAUUCAUAGACACUCAUCCAGAGCUGUUAAAACUCCAGUCCAAUCUGUGCUUUCCCACUAGUUCGGCAAAGAUGGCACUGGGAGGAAUAUGUUGCACUAUCGAUAUAAGCAAGAACCAGAGGUCUUUGAAAACAGGCUUCCUGUUUUUCCUUUUAUUGCAAAUGAGCCUGCUCUCUAAAGUACGGACUGACACGACUGCUAGUCCAGCAAACACUCAGACAACAGCUGUGUCGUCAUCUUCGAGCCAAACCGGGAGUUCAGUAAGCGUGUCCCUCUUUUCUGCUGCCACAUCAGGCUCCUCGGUGACAGGAACGUCGUCUGUCACAUCCAUUAAUUCGAAUGCUACUGUCUCCUCAGCAGUGAAUGCAUCUUCGUCAGACAAUGCGCUGUCCUGUCCAGCAUUUGUUUGCACGAAAGACUGUUACGAGCAGUUCAUGAACGCGACGGCGAAGCCCUGCCUGUCCGGUCAAUACGCCUGUGAGAUAAUGAAAGGGGACGCAGGUUACUCUGUCAGCUGCAGUGCCUCGUGUGGCGUGUCCUGCGGGAACGGGACUCUCGCUAAUUGUUCUGUCAACUGUUGCAACACGACCAACUGCCUCAACAGCACCCUGCUUGGCAUGUUCAACUCGGUCAGCACCACAGCUACAACAAAAACCACUACUACAACCACAACCAUGAAGACCACGCUUCCAACCACCCCAGCAAGCAACGGCAAGAAGUGUCAUAACAUCAAGUGUAAUGGAGCAGCGUGUUACAAAACCUAUAACGUCGCCAGUAGUGUGGUAUCGUGUAUCGUUGGGCAGGACUACUGCAUGCUCCAAAAGACGACGUCCGGCAGCACAGAGAGCUGGCAGGCAGGAUGCAGCACGGACUGCAGGAAGUCGACGGCGUGUUCAAGCACCACCACUACUGGCUGUCUCCUGGAGUGCUGCAACGCCACCACGAGCAGCUCGUGCCUCAAACUGACGGGCGACGUGAACAUGCCCAGCUCGGCCCCCGGGGGUCCUCGCUGUCCGGCGCUGCUCACGGCCUCUCUGCUGCUCUUCUGGAUAGCCAGAGUCUUCACUUGAGCACAGCAAAGUCAUAUUUAAUAGGCAAUCCAGGGAAGUGCCGUUUUCUUAUAGGAGAGUGCAUGUGUCCGAUUGUACUUAUUUUACUGUCACUUUUACGUUCUUUGUCAAGUAAGCAAAUGAAGGUGUGUGUGUGUGUGUGUGAGAGCAGCAUGAGAAGCAGAAUGCGUGCAUGUGUGUAUAGAUGCCAAAUAAGCUUUACAUCGGGCAUCUGUAGAGAGUUUUGUCGAGCGGGAACGUGCCUGUCGUUGGAUUCUUUAUCACAGAGCUAGACAGAAAUUAUACAGAGAGGAAUAUAAUGCUUUGCUUCUCACGAGCCGUGCAUCUUUGAUUAAUUCCCGCUCUUUUUUGACGUCAAUGUGCACUGUAAGAAAAAAUCUUUAAAAAACGGACUACGUCUUGGAAGACCACUAUCGUUGCAGUUCAAGGACAUCACAGUGCACGACCGCUAAAACACCCAAGGAAAAUCGAUACAUAUUAACAGAGGGCUGUAUUUUUAUGCAUUUUUCAUACAGCGUGCGCAUGUUUGAAUUUUGAUUACGGUCAAUCAUAGUUAUCUGAGGCUAUUUUCGUUUUUUUGGUUUGGUGUCCGCUGUACACGUUAUGUGCUUUCUAAAAAAAAAAAAAAAUCUCUCAAAAUACUCCAAAGAAUAUUAUUAGGAUGCUCAGAUAAUCCAUUUUCUAAUCCAUUAUUUGAAAUAAAAAGCUGCUUUUUCAAUCAGGCGGGCUUCACCCUCUGUGCAUGCAGAAAUAAUAGCUACGUACAAACCUGUUAACCUCGAACGGAGUGUGCACUUUAUGCAUCAAAAUGGAAAUUAGACAAUGUAAAAUGUUUAUAAUGCCUUUAUAAUAUUGGACGUGCAGAAGUCUAUACUCAUAAAUAUAAAGCUUUAUUUUUUACAGAGAAAUGUGUUUAUUGUAAGUGGGUAUAUAGGCUACGCCGGUUUUUAAUGCGUAAAAUCUGACUUCACAGAUUCUGUCGAAACUACUUAUAAUCUAAUAAAUGUCACGAAUAGGAUUUUGACAGCUUGGAUAAUAAAGGUUGCAGUGAUUUUUAUUGCUCUGUACUGCUUUAAUCUGACAGCAAUGAAAUACUACUAUAUAUAUAUAUAUAUAUAUAUAUAUAUAU